UACAAGUCCAAUGAUGAAUUUAAAAAGAAAAAGAAAAAAAAAGACUAGAGCGUUGACCCUGCAUCAGUUACAAGACUAGCUGUAAGAAUUAGAACCAAGAUUCGUGGGCAUCUACCAAGAGCAGCUCUCAGUUCGAAGUACCAACUGCUGUGUUUGUUCCUGUUAAUUAAGGAUAAUUCAAUCAAAAGUACCUAAGGAUGUCGAUCAAAAGAGAUCCAGAGAAAGUUGUGUCAACAUUACAGAAUCGUCUGUAUCAAGCAAUUGAUCUGACAGCAGGGGGGAUUGACGAGAGAAUGAAAGAAAAUGAACUGGUGCUAAAAUUUCGAAGCGCUGAGGCCAAGCUUGAGGAAUUGAAAAAUCUUCUCUCUGGCCACAAGCGCUGGGAAGACACAGUUGUUAAAAAGUUCAACGUGCUGCGACUCCAGAUUUACAAAACUCUCUCACUUGCCAAGAACCAAGCUGAUGGCGCCAGACAAAAUGCCAAUUCCAUCAAAGAUCAUCUACAUUGGGUUGACAGGAAACUUGACAAGCUAAAUCUUCGGUUGCAACCGCUGUUACCGCUGUUCCCUGCAAAAUCAGAUUCAGAAUCACGUGAGAAGAUAAAUCCAUAUAAGGUAGCUCAGGAAAGAAAGGUGUUGAAAGAGUGGAAGGAGCAAGAAGUGGAAAGGAUGAUCUUGGAAAGCUCAGCCAUGCUCGAUCUUCAGGCAAGUUACCACAAUCUGGAGAGGCUAGAUUUGAAACUCUGCUUUCUCUUUUUAUCUGUUUUUCCAGAGGAAGCUGUGAUAAAAAAGAGGCCAUUGAUCUAUUGGUGGAUUGGCGAGGGUUUGAUCACUGCCAACGAAAAAAAGACAGCUGAGGAGGAAGGAGAAAGUGUAUUUCAGGAGCUAAUAGAGCUAGACCUCAUAGUACCGUACCAUGAAAGACCAGAUAAACCAAGCCCAGUUGUCAACGCAUGCAUAAUCCAUCCUUGGAUUCGUCACAUGGCAAUCAGUUUAGCCCUGAAGGCCGGCCUCUUCGGCUUCGAUUCCUCCGGAACACCAUCUUAUGGUAACGACCGAUCUCGACGUGCGUGCUUGGUUUUGAGUAGCGACACUAGUGGCGGUACUCCAAAUGAAGAGAAUUUGCUAACUGUGUUCAAUGUGAGCAAGCGAUAUCUUAAUUUCAGUCUUGACUGGCUACUGAAGUUGAGGAAGGUUGCAGUGCUUCAGCUUGGGCGGUGGCAUUACUUACCUGUGCCUCAAAUUAAAGUUGAAAACGAGGAGCUUGGGCUGUGGCAUCACUCACCUGUGCAUCACAUUGAAGUUGAAAAUGAGGUGUUUUUGAAAGGUCUGUGGGCUCAGAAGCACUUGAAAUAUCUUUGCCUCCGAGGAAUAUCUCUGAUAACCACACUUCCUUCAUCAAUUGGCGAGCUUUUUAGCCUUGAAAUUCUUGAUCUCAAAGCGUGCCACAAUCUAGAAGAAUUGCCUUCUGAGAUCGGAUCAUUGACAAGCCUCACCCAUCUUGAUGUAUCUGACUGUCCCUUCCUAGAAAGCAUGCCAAAGGAGCUUCAGAAGCUCACUCGUCUUCAAGUGCUCAAGGGUUUUGUGAUUGGGAACUCGAAAAGAACUCCGUGCAAGAUAGCUGAUCUUGCUGAUAUGAAGGAACUAAAGCGGCUUAGCAUAUAUAUAGGGAAUGAGGCAGUAGUCAAAGAGGGGGAGUUAGCGAAGUUGAAGGCCAUUGAAAAACUUCGCUGCCUGACAAUGUGGUGGGGAGUAAAAGUAUCCCUGGAGACAUCCACGGUCAAAGCUGAAGAAAAAUCUCCGAAAUUAAUUGCCUUGACAGACUUGUCAUUUCCCCCAGGGUUAGAGAAGUUGGAUCUGAGAGGCAUUCCUCAGCCAAAUCCACUAAAAGAACUGAAACCUGGUUCACUGAAGCAGUUAAAAAAGCUCUACAUAAGAGGGGGGAAACUUCAGAAGUUGAAUCACGGAGAAAAGGAUGAUCACGUGUGGGAAGUAAAUAUAUUGCGUCUCAGGUAUCUCAAGGAUUUCAAGAUAGACAGGAAAAGUUUGAAGCAAGCAUUCCCUAAGCUAGAUUUCUUGGAUGUCAUAUGUGAUCAGAGUGGGGAUCAGAAAACGAAGUAUGAAGAAGAUUUUGUGCUAAGGAACAGAAAUGAAAUUGGAGAGUACUUCAAGGAGAAAGGGAAUUCGGAAGAGGAACAGAAGAAUGCCAUGCCAGCAGAAAAUGAAAUUUGCGAGGAGGGAAAAUCUGCGGAAAGUGUAUUGAUUAAUAAAGGCAAGGGGAAGGAAAUAAUGUCAGGAAGUGCGAUUGAAGAAGCCAGUUCCAGCCGUGAUCAUCAUCAUUCGCAGUAGUGUUGCUGCUAACCAUUUAGCCAGCGCUAGCUACUACAGUUUGAGCAGUAAGCAUUUGGUCUCAUUGUAUAGAUCUGUUCUUACUGCUCAAACUGUUUGAAUUCCCUCCCUUGCAAUGGAAUUAUAUUUUAGAAACGUUCUUAUUUCUAUGGAGACUAUUGACUUCUGUACGUUGCUUUUGAUAAUGGGAUGAUGCCAUGCAUCUCAAGUCUUGUUUAUCUUA